AGGUGUGGCGAAAUCGCAGACAAGUUUUUUUUCCCUCUGAAGUUUUUUAAAGGGACGUUAUUGAGCAUAGGCAAGAUAAAGGAUUGUCUCAAGAGUGAAGCUGACUUGUCGCCUCCUCCAAGUCAUGAAUCUGAGAUCUGUGAGUGGGUGUAUGACGAGCACUGUUUGUCUGAUUCUGCUUUGUGUUCACUGGGCUUCAGCUGCAGUUGAGCAAGGAGAAACUUCACUCAACAGUAACUCCUUACAAACAGAGCCCAAUAGACAAAGUCUGGACCAGUGUGAACAAUAUUUUCAAAAUGGUCAGGACAUCUGUGCGACAACAAGGCUGUGUUGUCAGAACGGGGUGGAUGAAUACGGGUGGAUCGCUGCUGCAGUCGGUUGGAGUCUCUGGUUUCUCACCCUCAUCCUUAUUUGUGUAAAUAAAGUAGAUAAACUCAGGCCUGAUGAAUCUGAGAAGUACCCUUCACCCUGAGGCACAGGAAGCGAAGUGAAACGCAAAACUGGAAUGGAGUGAAAGGCAGGAAAAGAGUGGCAAUCAGCUCUGAUCAACUCAGGAUGAAUGAGCGAUGUUUCAAGUGGUUUGCACUCUGUUGACUGUAGCCUUUCUCUGGGUUUAGUAUACCCCUGUCGGCACACUGCAGCAAAGAAAUGGCAUGUAACCAAAGCAAGACUCUCUUCUUAAACAUGUAACACAACAAUGGCAAUUAGAUUAUUGUACUGGGCUUCAUUUAUCUCUAAGUUUUGAAACAAGCAGCCAAAGAAUCAAAUACCUGUCAAUAUUUAUGAACACCACAGUAAAUAUUUUUUUCAUGCUGCUGAACUGGAUACGGAAGGAGAAUUGAUAAUUUGAUGCACAGUUCUUUUCUCCUUUGGGCAGCCAUCUUUCUGUUAUAACCUUUUCCACAACUAUUUUAGUCAGAUCUUUGCUGCCAGAGCAUUCCUAAGUUCCUGAGAGGAAAAAGAGCUUUUUUAUCUCCUGCACAAACUUCCCGAAUAUCACUGUCCCAAAUGCUUACUUGCUUUCCUAUUCAUCUCCACUAUGCUAAGAUCACAAUUCUGUUCCUCAAAUUCCUUAUGUUUGUUAAUCUUCUCUCCUUGCCAUCUUCAGCUUUUGAAGAGCCCAGUUUGGAUUCAAACUCUAACCUUGUCUUUCAUUCCACUCCCUCCAAUUUUGACAAGAGCUGCAUUCACCCAGGUUCCUCUCUGAACAAGUCUAGCCCAAAAUUGCUGUACAGCUCAUUUCAAACCAAUAUCUUUCACACAAAGAGUUUAUUUAUGUGGCAUACUAAAUCCGAAAUUUCAUUAAAAUGUUAAACCUUGUCUUAAAAA